UAAUUCUAUCACACCUGAUUUCUUCACCAGAAUAUCUGUAUAUAUAGUUACCCAUAUGCCUUCUAGUUCUCUUCAUCAUUGGUAAUUUCAUCCCAAGUAUGCAAAUUAAUUAGAGUAACAUACAUUCUUUCAUUUAAUUUGCACCAACUCUAGAAUAUUAUGGCUUUCAAGAGAUUCUUGAAAGCUACCUUACCUAAUUGCUUCAAAGUUAAGAUUGUUCAUGCAAUUGAUCCUUCAGAGAACAACAAAAAAACUGUUUCUAUUAAACAUGGUACUAAUUGUGGUCAUUCAAGGCUAGCUCUUUCAGAUAUAAGUGAUCCAGAAUCAUCAUUUUCUAUGAGUGAUCUCUCUUCAAAUGCCAUUAUUGGAUCCAACCUUCAUAUUUUCACACAUGCUCAACUCAAAGUCAUUACAAGUAACUUCUCAUCCUAUAAUUUUCUUGGAGAAGGUGGGUUUGGACCUGUUUACAAGGGGUUCAUUGAUGAUAAAAUUGAGCCUGGUUUAGAAGCUCAACCUGUUGCUGUUAAGUUGCUGGACUUGGAAGGUGAUCAGGGCCACAUGGAAUGGCUGACAGAAGUAGUGUUACUUGGGCAAUUGAGGCAUCCAAAUCUGGUAAAGUUGAUUGGACAUUGCUGGGAGGAUGAGCAAAGGCUUCUUGUUUACGAGUACAUGGCAAGGGGCAAUCUAGAGAACCAGUUAUUUAGAAGAUGUUCGAGUAGCUUGCCAUGGCUGACCAGAAUGAAAAUUGCAGUUGAUGCUGCAAAGGGGCUAGCUUUUCUGCAUGGGGAAGAAAAACCAGUAAUCUACCGAGACUUUAAGACUUCUAAUAUCCUCUUGGACUCGGAUUAUACGGCUAAGCUUUCUGAUUUUGGACUAGCAAAGGAUGGUCCGGAAGGUAGUGAUUCACAUGUCACAACUCCUGUUAUGGGUACAUAUGGCUAUGCUGCUCCUGAGUACAUGAUGAGAGGUUAUUUGACUACUAGGAGCGAUGUCUACAGUUUUGGAGUUGUCUUGUUAGAACUACUAACAGGACGACAAGCCAUUGACAAGAAUCGUCCUUGUAGGGAGAAAAACUUGGUGAAAUGGGCCAGGCCCCUCCUCCGGGAUUCACACAAGCUCGACGGGAUAAUGGACCCGCGACUUGAAGGCCAGUACUCAACCGAAGGAGCCAAAAAGGUGGCUGCAUUGGCUUAUAAAUGCUUGAGCCAGAAGCCUAAAUCUAGACCUACCAUGAGCAAUGUGGUCAAGAUCUUGGAACCUAUCUUGGACUUAAAAGAUAUACCAAUUGGCCCAUUUGUUUAUGUGGUUCCCUCAUUUGAAUGUCAGAGUGGAUUGGAUAGUUGUGGUUUGAAGACAAAGGGGACCGAAGAAAAAGUUGAGAAAGAAAAUAAGGAUCACAUAAUAAGUGAUCAAGAUGACAAAGGAAGUGCAAGAGAAAAGAGACUUGGUCACAUGCAUAAGAAUCAACUAAAGUCUGCUACUAUUUACACGGAUACUCGUAUAGGACUUUGAGGAAAGAAUUGAGAUAAUCCAAAUUAAAAUUUAAAAUUAAAAGAAAAACAUAGGAAUUACAAGAGACAAAGAAAAAUCACAACCACCAUCUAUCAAGGUUGUGGUGGAGUUGUAAAGGUUCCUCCGCUGUUAAAUUGAGGUUUGGGGGACCGGCCAGUUUUGAAAUGAUUUUUUAUUUUUGGUAGGGAGUACUAAAACCUCCAUAAUAGGCUUUCAAGAAAUCCUAAUUAGUUGAGUCAGUGAAUUCCAUGGCAAAUAACACAUUGUUAGUGAUGUGUGUGUUGAUGUAUAUUUUUUUGUUUGUUAAUUUGAAGAAAUUUGAGUUCAAAUAAUCCAAGUAGAAAUAGAGGUGAAAAAAACUAGAAAUUACAAGAGACAAGUAUAUCAGGGUUGUGGUGGGAUGGUAAAGUUUUUUCCACCCUUGGACUCGGUAAUAAUCUAUCAUUAAUUUCUACCUUGAAAAAUUUAUAUCUGUUUAACAUCCUUUUUAUCUAAACCAUAGUAUAACUUACAAGAAUAUAAAAUUUAAAUUUGAAAUAUUAGGAUUAUACAACUAUCAUAUAUCAGGGUUUUGGUGGAAUGGUAAAGGUUUUUCCAAACUUGAUUUUUUGUUCUCGUUAUAGGAAUGAAGUUCUCUUUGGUAUGGAGCACUAAAAAAACUCCCAUUGUACACUUUUACGAUAGAAAUUUGGAUUAGCAGAGCUAGAGGAUUUCGAAUAUCAGAUUUAUUAAAAAAUCACAGUUCAUUGUUAAUGGUGUGUAUUGAUGUACCUUUUAUUUGUUAUAGUAUGUACUUAAUUUAUUCAAGAAAUUUGAGUUGU